UAAAAUUUGAAUGAAAAACAUAUACGAACGACCAAGAGAGAUCCGGAGAAAGGCUGUCCUGGACCGCUUCCAUUCCUCAAUUCAUGGUCCUAAUCGGGCCAGAAUUGAGGCUGGCUCUCACGGAAUUUUCAAAGGAUUUCUAGAUAGAUUAUAUAGCAAGAAUGAUGAAGAAAGCAAGCCUAAAAAUGCCAAAUUUGUUAGCUCUACUAGGAUCAGUAGGAAAAAACCUAGGUCUCGUAAGAAGGAUAAGAGAAACUUCUUUGGCAGUCCGAAGAGAGAUCUUGGUGGAAAAGAGGAGAAUAAAUCAACUUAUGAAUUUGAAGUCGAUCCGAACGGAUCGAUUUUUGCCAAUCAUGAGCUUUUGAAGCACACUGUUGAUAAAGAUGUCCAAAAAGAAUCCAAAAAACCACUUUAUUCUAAGAACAAACAAGAAGGUAUAGAGUUUCAGAGCCUAGAAAAUAGUAUGAAUAAUAAGAAGUACAAGACUUUUCAGAACCAGCUUAAGAGCAGGAUGUAUCAAAGAAAAUCAUUUGAGAAGGAGUUUCACAAGAAGAAGUCUAUUUUACCAAUGCUGUUAAAGUUCAAGCAAAAUGGGAAGACUGUAGAUAUCUCCCAAACGCCGCUAAGAAGACUCAAUACUCAUAAACAACAGAACAAAAAUGCUAAAGUUCGUGAGAAAUCUUUAGAGAAUUUGUACCGUAAUAGAGACCUGCAGCACCACAGCUCAGGAGAGAAAAAUUUCGAAAAUAGCAAAAUCUCAGAGGUAGUCAGGGAGACCAUGACUUAUUUUCUCCCACCUGGCCAAGAGACCACUAAGAAACGAUCAACUCUUCGAUCAGCAAAAGCCAUUAUAAAUCAACUGAGUAAAUAAAGUAGAGGUUGACUAUAACCAGAGAAAGGAGAGGAUCAGGCUGACGAAGGAGUUCAAGAAUCAUAAUAAGUCCUUCCAGCAUGGAUACCAGCCAAUGAGUAAAGAUAAAUUAGUCAACAAGAGCUUCGAACAUUCGUCUUAUAAUCCACAAUUCGCUAAGAAAAUGACUGGAGGUGCUAACAACUACACUUCGUACACUCAGGAAGGAAGAUCUAAGACCACUAAAUUACUAAAUCGGGAUAAUGUUGAUCUAAGACAGCUGGCUAAUGAUGACUCUGCUUCUAAUUUUAUCUCAUUUCAGAAUAAUUUCACGACAUUUGGAGACCAAGGAAAUAUCCGGAUGCAAGAGAGGAUUAAUAACUCGAAGAUCCUGAGUUCAGCCUCAGGCAAUAUAAUCCCGGCUUGAGAAAUUAAUAAAUCACGUAUAAGACGUGGAUAUCGAGAAUUUACGGAUAUACUUCACGAAAAGCCUGUUGCAGAACAAAAAUAGAGAAGAAGAGUCUCUUCCUGAACCUCUUGGGCCUGAAAUUCCUCCUUCUCCUCCAAGUGAGCCUCAGGAGGUUCAGGAGCCUGCUGAGGUUAAGAAAGGCAAGGCAGUAUUCAAGGUCAAAUCAACACUGAAUCAGGUUGGACCUGAUCCUAUAAUCGCUGAGUGAAUUACACAGAUCACAGAAUCCCCGAUUGUCAAACUUAAAGAAUUUAUCACUAAGAUGAGAAAGAAAAGAACGAAGUGCUUCAUGAAGAGGUUUAAAAGACUUAAUGAAAGAAUCUCAGUAGCUCAGUACCCUAAGAACAGUGAAGAAUAGAUUGAUGAAGUAUAUUACCCUAAAAGGGACCGAGGAGAGGUCAAACUAACCCAAUUUAUACUUCCCCGAUAUGGCUGAGACAGUCCACACGAUUGAUAACA